UUUAUUCGCGCCGUUGCUUCCCUUCCUUGUGGCCGAUGCCAUCGCUCCAUAUUCAAGCUCCCUUGGAGCUUUUGCUCAUAUGUCUAAACCAUGCCACCGUCCAAGCGUCCCUCCUUUUUGGUCGAUGAAGAGCUAGGAAAGAAAUAUGACGACCACCAGCCCAGCUUACUUCGGGAGCAUCUAUGGCAACCGAAACAGUGGAAGGUGCCUCGACGCCGGCGCAUGCUUCUCGGAUUCUUGAUACUAUAUCUUCUAUAUUUGUUUUUCAAGAAUAUGCCAACCGACCUGCCUCCUGUUGCGGAACGGUUAAAAGCGAACACACCUCCAUACCAGCAAAACCCACUUCAGGUCCCUGGUACUCCUUCAUUGAACCCCCUGUCCAAUCCCCCUUCGCAGGGCGACUUCAAUCCCGAAAAUCAAGAUGAAACUUAUGAUGAGAAUACAAUGCACUUUCCCAUGUUGGGGAAAUCCCUAAGACUUUUCCAGAAGCCUCCCAGCCGCGAUGGGAAGGUCUCCUCUACCGCAACGGUGUUUGCGGCCGCAUCGCUCCGAAGUCUGUCGGAUAUGUUGCCUCUCGCGUGUCGGAUGGCAAAUCAAAAACUGAAUGAGGUGCAUUUUCUAUUAAUGUCAGGGAUUGAUGUCACGAUUUCCAUUAAGGGGAUUCAGAAAGUCAAUGGGAUAAAUAGUGUGAAUUGCCCACUUAACUGGCAUGACGCUCGUGCAACCGGCAGCGAUUCAUUUACAGCUGAACGCCUGGAGCAAGCAGUGGCUGUAGUGUUGCCCUACGUUAGCGUUUAUCUUCAUCCACAAGUGGUGAUCACGCAAGGGGAGUCACAGGAAGAUCCUUCCUUUUGGAAAGGCAUCCAAAAGAUUCGUGAUCUCGAUCUUCCUCAUCUUGCGCUUCCUCGUCCCUCGAGAGAUCUCAUGUGGAUGGCAGACCUAGAUAGUAGCGCGCUUCGAGUUUGGAAUGACGUGCAUGUCGAACUUCUCAUUUACGCUUUCCCAGAUUCAGCUGGGUCACUUAUCAGGUUAAUUAGAUCCUUAGAACAUGCCGAUUUCCUAGGAUCCGCUCCCAGCUUAACCAUCGAGCUUCCUUCUCGUGUGGACCAGGAGCUUCUGCGAUUUCUCAAAACACUGAAAUGGCCUUCAAAUACCUUGAACAAAGUGACCAUUCGGCGGCGAAUACAGCUAGAUUAUCCGGACCCCACUGAGGCUUCUGUCCGGGCGGUUGAGGCUUUCUAUCCCAGAGACCUCAGCCUGUCACAUGUGCUUGUCCUGUCGCCCAAUAUCGAACUUGCACCAUCGUUCUAUCAUUAUAUGAUGUAUACUCUGCUGAAGUACAAAUAUUCAGCUCGCCCAAACAUACCAUCCUCGCGGCUCAUGGGGAUUUCCCUCGAACUCCCAACCGCGCGUGUCACGGAUACUAACCCGUUUACAAUCCCAAAUAUUGACAACUAUCAACUUUCCGACCUUAAUAACCCUGAUUUAACUCUCCCCCUUUUUCUCUGGCAGGCUCCAAAUAGCAAUGCAGCUCUAUAUUUUGGCGACAAAUGGGCCGAGUUCCACUCUUUUCUUUCGCGCCGCCUUGCAGCGCAGAGUAUGAGAACCGAAUCACUACCAAAUGAUAAGGUUAUUUCCAAGAGAUAUCCUGCGUUUAUGGAAUAUCUGCUCGAGUUGAUUCGUGCAAAAGGCUAUUACCUGCUCUAUCCUGCGUUUCCUAGGAAGAGCAAGUUUUCCCUUGCUAGUCUACAUUAUGAGCUCUUUCAAUAUCCAGAAGAAUUCCCCCAGGAUGCGUCCAGUUUUACAACAAGUGCCGUUUUGGAGGAGGAGGAGGAGGAUCCUACUGAACUACCCUUGAGCCGUGCUCCUACAGUAAUGUCCCUCCUUGACAUGUUUUCUCUAGAGCUUCCGGACAUGGUCCAGUUACCAAUCUUCUCAUACCGUGGCGAGGAGAUGUCAGAAUUUGUCUUUGCUCGAGACACUGAAGAGUACCUGGACAAGUUCAGGGCAGCUCCACUGGCGCAACACCCCGAGCGGCGGCGACGAGAGGCAGAGAGCUCUUUGCUUCCCAUCAACAAAGCUUAUGAAUCAUUCUCUACCUCAUCCCUGACUACGAACAAGCUUCCUUCUACAUAUACCCGCGUGAUCCGAACCGAUUCCAAAAUGGCGAAGGAAGGCGAGCGGUCAGCUCCGGCCGACAAGGGCAAGGGCAAGGUUGACGAUGUCAAGGAUCUUGUUGGAGGAAAAAAGAGCAAGCCUGAAGAGAAGACACAAUCUGAUGAAAAGCAGAAGGGUGAAGCGCCGAAGGAAGAGGAACUGAGUGAAGAGGACCAACAGCUGAAAAACGAGCUUGAGAUGCUUGUGGAGAGGUUAAAGGAGCCGGAUGCCUCCCUAUAUGGACCUGCCUUGGACGCUAUUAAGAACUUCAUCAAAACCUCUACCUCUUCUAUGACUGCAGUCCCCAAGCCUCUGAAGUUCCUACGUCCACACUAUGACGAUCUGGCAGCGUUGUACGACAAGUGGUCAGCGGGUACAGUCAAGGACGCUUUGGCUGAUAUGCUGUCCGUUCUUGGAAUGACCUACGGAGAUGAGGAGAAACUUGAAACCCUCAAAUACCGCUUGCUCACAAAGUCUAACGAUCUCGGUUCCUGGGGCCACGAAUAUGUUAGGCACUUGGCGCUCGAGAUCGGUCAGGAAUACCAGAACAGGUUGAAUGCCGAGAAGGAUGUACAAGACUUGAUUGAUCUCGCUUUGUCUCUUGUUCCAUAUUUCCUGAGCCACAACGCCGAGGCCGAUGCAGUUGACCUUCUGAGCGAACUCGAGAUUAUCGAAGAGAUCCCUCGCUUCGUUGACGAAAACACAUACGCGAGGGUUUGCUUGUACAUGGUUAGCAUGGUCAACCUUCUCACAUACCCGGAAGACCAGCAAUUCCUCCGAACAGCGCACGAGAUAUAUGUUCGUUACAAGGAGCUCACCAAAGCCAUUGUCCUUGCUAUCCGGCUGAAUGAUACCGAUCUUAUCAAGAGCGACCUGAACGCCACUACGGAUCAAUCGAUUAAAAAGCAGAUGGCCUUCCUGGUGGCUAGACAACAAAUAUGGCUUGAUCCCUCUCCUGAGGAUGAGGAAGACCAGACUUUCAUGGACUGCUUGAACAAUACAUCGAUCCCAAAGCACUUCAAGUCUCUUGGCAAAGAACUCAAUAUUCUUGAUCCGAAGAUGCCGGAGGAUAUCUACGAGACUCACCUAGAAAGCAGCCGAGGAGCUGGCCUCACCAACGUUGACUCUGCAAGACACAAUCUAGCCAGCGCCUUCGUGAACGCUUUUGCGAAUGCUGGCUUUGGAAAUGACAAGAUGAUGCUUGUUGAUGGUGACAAGGGUCCUUGGGUAUGGAAGACCAAAGAUGACGGUAUGCUAUCGACAACCGCCUCCAUGGGUAUGCUCCUGCACCAGGAUGUCGAAAUUGGUUUGGACAAAAUCGACAAGUAUACCUAUGCCUCAGAGGACCAGAUCAAGGCUGGUGCGCUACUCUCGAUCGGUAUUCUCAACUCCGGCGUCAGAAUUGACUCGGACCCUGCUCUAGCCCUCUUGAGCGAUCCCGAUAAUUUGGAAGCGAAGAACCUGCCUAUGAGAGUUGCAUCGAUUAUGGGUCUUGGUUUGGCAUAUGCUGGCUCAAACAAAGAGGAGCUGCUUGACGUUCUCCUGCCUAUUGUGGAGGACGUUUCUCUCGACAUGCAGCUCUCCGCGAUGGCAGCUGUUUCUCUUGGCCUUAUAUUUGUUGGCUCCUCAAACCAUCAAGUCAGCGAGGCUAUUGCUACGACACUGAUGGAUGAAGAGCGACAGAAACAUCUCAAGGAUAAGUGGACUCGAUUUAUGGCUCUGGGUCUAGCCCUGCUGUACUUCGGUCGUCAGGAGGAAGUUGACGUGAUCCUUGACAUUCUCAAGGCAGUCGAUCACCCAAUGGCCAAGCCUACGUCUGUGCUUGCGUCCGUAUGCGCUUGGGCAGGUACCGGCACAGUACUAAAGCUUCAAGAACUUCUCCACAUUUGCAACGAUGUGAUCGAGGAAUCAGAUGAGAAGAUGGGUGACGAGCUUGUUCAGUCGUACGCCGUUCUGGGUCUUUCGCUGAUUGCUAUGGGAGAAGAAGUCGGACAAGAUAUGAUUCUGAGACAAUUUGGUCACCUUAUGCAUUACGGCGCCAGCAAUAUUCGCAAGGCAGUUCCUCUUGCUAUGGGCCUGAUCAGCCCCAGUAACCCUCAGAUGAAGGUGUACGAUACUCUCUCCAGAUACAGCCACGACAACGAUAACGACGUCGCCAUCAACGCUAUUUUCGCCAUGGGUCUUUGCGGCGCUGGCACGAAGAACUCCCGUUUGGCGCAGCUGCUAAGACAGUUGGCCAGUUACUAUCACCGUGACCAGAAUACCUUGUUCAUGGUGCGCAUUGCCCAAGGUCUUUUGCAUAUGGGCAAAGGCACCAUGACAUUAAAUCCUUUCCACACUGACCGACAGGUCCUAAGCCGUGUAUCGGCUGCUGGUCUGCUCACCGUCCUCGUGUCUUUGAUUGAUGCGAAGCAAUUUAUCCUCGCCGAACAUCACUACCUCCUUUACUUCCUCAUCACUGCCAUGUACCCACGCUUCCUUGUUACUCUCGACGAGGAUUUGCAACCCCUCACAGUGAACGUGAGAGUAGGACAGGCUGUCGAUGUUGUUGGACAAGCCGGUCGUCCCAAGACUAUUACUGGUUGGCAAACACAGAGCACUCCCGUGCUCCUGUCUUACGGUGAACGAGCAGAACUGGAGGAUGAGCAAUACAUCCCUCUCAGCAGCACCCUGGAGGGUUUGGUAAUCCUGCGCAAGAACCCUGACUGGGAAAGUUCCACCUAAGAAUGGCAAAACACCGUGUUAUAGGAAAUUUUUGAGAGCUAGAUCGAGCGCAGGUAGUUCUAAGCGCUCCUAUACAGUUUAGGUUUAUUAAUGUAUUCAGAAAAAAGUCUGAAAAUAUUAAUGACUAAAUUUUACCCUUAUUCAAUCAAUCAAUGAAUACAUAAUUUG